ACAGCAGAUAUCCUUCACAUCAACAUCUUAAAUUGUCCUCAAUACCAAUCUCCUCGCCAAUAUGACAUCCACUCCACCACCAAACACAGCCAUCGUCCUAAUCGAUCCCUACAAUGACUUCCUCCACCCCUCUGGAAAACUAAACCACAUGCUAGCCUCCAGCCUCGCAGCCACAAACUCCAUCACCCAUCUCCAAACCCUCGUCAAAUACGCACAUACCCACCAAAUCCCCAUCUUCUACGGUCUCCACCAACAAGUCCGACCUAGCUUCAUCGCCGGCUGGACGCAUCCCACCAACACGCAAAAAUCGCAAAUGGAGCAUUCCGCUUUCGAGGAAGGAAGUUGGGGGGUGGAGAUCUACACCGAUCUAGAACCAGAUAUUGAGAAGGGUGAUGUGGUGUUGAGUAAACAUUGGUGUAGUUCCUCGUUCCAGAAUACGGAUUUGGAGUACCAGUUGCGACAGAGGGGGGUGCAGAAUUUGGUUAUGGGUGGGAUGACGGCGAAUACUUGUUUAGAGAGUACGGCUAGAUAUGCUUAUGAAUUGUGAGUUUUGAGUUUUGCGGGGUUCCUUCGCGCUUGCUGGGAUACUGAUGGAUUGUGUUGUGUAGGGGAUUUCAUGUUACGUUGUUGAAGGAUGCAACGGCUGGUUUUAGUGUUGAGCAGAAGGAUGCUGCUACAGAGUUGAUAUGGCCGCUUUUUGCGAAUCGGGUCUUGACGGUUGAUGAAUGGAUUGAGAGUUUGGAGAAAGCAUGAGAAUUUAGUUAUGCUAGAGCUUGGAGAUGAUCAUAUGGAAGUCGUCUAGCCGAUUGUCUAGUCAUAAUGCUUGUAAUUGAUUGACAAAUGGAAAUUGCUC